AUGCAUUGGAUUCAAAACUACAUUAGAAACAAUGACACCCACACCAACGAGGAUUAUUUGAAUUCACUAACCUUGAACUUAAAAUCAAAAAUCGAUGACCUUAAGUAUAAAGCCGACCAAAACAGUAAAUUGUUCGAUGAAGUAUUGGAAUUCCUGUACAAGAUAACCAGAGGCAGAGACGAAUUCGUUUCUCGUUGGGAAGAACUUCGCACUCGAUGGCACGAUUUACUCAAUGAAAAUAAAAGAAAUGCAUUAUCGUUAUGUAAAUUCAUUUCAGUUUUAAAAAAUGAUAUGCUCCCCUUUUUACUUGACUCAAAUCAUCCUGCUCGAAGUAAGCGGGAAUACAUUGAAACUACAAUAAUCCCGCAACUAGAAGACAAUAGUAAAAAAGCAAGCCAAAUCCAAACAAAUUUUGAUAGAUUCAAAAAUGAAGUCAACACAUUCAUGUGGGAUUAUCAGUUGGAAUAUUGUGAUAACAAAUCGCCAUAUCAAGAAGCACUUAAUGAAAGAAUUCGAAGGUUACAGGACGAAAUUCAAAACAAAAAGAAGAAAUCGUACAUUCAAAUAGCAUUCGAAGUUGUUUUUACGGUGAUAUCCAUUGUUGUCGUGCGUUAUCUUAAAUUCCGUCCGAUAGCUCAUCUAGCCAACCCAAUUAUUAUGAACUAUUGUUUCCAGGAAAAGGAACCUGCCGAAUUGGAAAAUUUUCAAAGUGAAAUCCUAAAGUCGGAGGACGAAAUUAAGGAAAUCAGAAAUGGCAUCAAAUCUUUCGGUGACUUUUGGGCCUUCUCUAAACUACUUAUGGAACAUAUGUCGGAAAGUAUCAAUGAUUAUCAAGAUGACAAUAUUAAAGACGGUGAAAUUCAAAGGAUUAAAAAUUCAUUGGGUAAUUUAGAGAGUGCUUUAAAAGCUUAUGUUGAAUAA